CUGCAUUUUGUUUGCCUGUGGAAUCGAAUUGAACUGAAUUGGCUCCUGCCUGUUUUCGUCCUCGUAACAAUUCCAGAAAUUCUGCUCCCGACAUCUUUCAUCCCUUCUCAGUCUUUUGUCUGUUCCUCAUACUCUCACUCAAACUACUCACUACUCACCCACUUGAUCCCGGCCCAUACCAAUACGAUACACUAUUCCGAGACCUUUUAGGAUCCCUCAUCAUGUCUGACCCCGGCCGCAAGCCUCUCUCUGACCGUGUUGGCGAGACCAUCACUCCCGACUCUCAAAAGUCAUAUGCCGACCAAGCCAAAGAGUCUGCUACCGGUGCCUUGGACAACGUAGCAGGCAUGGUUCAACCAGGUGACAGCAAGUCUACAAGCCAAAAGCUCUCUGAUGAGGCUUCCUCCAACACCGGUUCCGCCCAGGACACUCUCUCCAACUUGACCCAGAAAGCUUCCUCUACCGCCGGUUCCACCUUUGAGAAUGUGCAAACCAAGGCUGCCGAUUUGGGCACUCAGGCCAGUGACAAUACUGCGGCUGCACAGAAGAACAUUCAAGAGACUGCGUCCAAUGUCACUCAAAAGGCCAAGGACGAUGGCACUGAUGCUCAAGACACGGGAAAGUCCUACAUUGGACAAGCUCAGGAGAUGGCUGCGAAUGCCUUGAAUAGUGCCAGUAAGGCUGCAUCUGAUCUCGCCAACACCAUCUCCGGUGAGAAGAAGUGAUCACUGGACUGGUUACUGGCUUUACCAAGCAUGGUGUUUGCAAUUGCAGUGUACCGUACGAGAGGAGUGGAUCCGGGAGUAUCGUAUGGAAUAAGGUGCUGACGACCCCCAAGGCCUGGCUUUGAUGGUGAUUGUCCUCGCUCAGGCGAAUCCUACGAACUAAAUUGAUGCAUGGAUUACGACGAAAGACACAUUGAUACUUGUAGUUCUCAGUUUGAAUUAGUAUUAUCAUUCCACCCGGAGACA